AAGGAACGACUAUCUCCUAAGCCUAAGUUGAAGCCAAAACCACUAUCUCCUAAUAUACGCCUAGGCAAAAGGUCUGCCCCGCCUAUAUUCGUAGAGCCUAGUGGGAAGGAUACUUUUAAGAAAUACUAUAAGUGCGAUCUAGCUAGCACUAUUGCUAUAUAUAUUCGAACCUCUAAUAGCCGCGCCGAAUGUUUCCGCACCCCUAAUGCGCUAUAUAAUCUUUGCGAGUUUGAUCCACUUACACUAGUAGCAGUUAGCUACUAUUAUAUACUAGGCUCGUACCUCGAUUAUUCUCGCCGGACCUACCUAGCCGCUAUCGAGUUUCUCUCCGCGACCACCUUAGCUAGCUCUUUUGAGGAGCUAAAGAGAUGCCUAGGCGAUCUAAUCGGACUUAUAUAG